AAACAUUUGUCAGCAAAGAUUCGUUUGAAGAUAGUUCAUCUUUAUUCCUUCCCCUAGAACCCUAGAACUCCCAAAACCCUCUACUACUACACUUUCAGAUCCAAGGAAAUCAAUUUUGUCAUUCGAGCAACAUGGAGGAUGAUCGUGUUUUCUCUUCGGUUCACUCAACAGUUUUCAAAGAAUCCGAAUCAUUGGAAGGAAAGUGUGAUAAAAUCGAAGGAUACGAUUUCAAUCAAGGAGUAGAUUACCCAAAGCUUAUGCGAUCCAUGCUCACCACCGGAUUUCAAGCCUCGAAUCUCGGCGAAGCUAUUGAUGUCGUCAAUCAAAUGCUAGAUUGGAGACUGGCUGAUGAAACUACAGUAGCUGAAGACUGUAGUGAAGAGGAGAAGAAUCCAUCGUUUAGAGAGUCUGUCAAGUGUAAAAUCUUUCUAGGUUUCACUUCAAAUCUUGUUUCAUCUGGUGUUAGAGAUACUAUUCGUUAUCUUGUUCAGCAUCAUAUGGUUUGUGAUUUUUGCUUUAUCACCCUGCUUUUUUAUAGAUGUUAAAAUUUUCGAGCUUUAGUUUUGAUUUCAAUGGUUUUUCUGCAGGUUGAUGUUAUAGUCACGACAACUGGUGGUGUUGAGGAAGAUCUCAUAAAAUGCCUUGCACCUACAUUUAAAGGUGAUUUCUCUCUACCUGGAGCUUAUUUAAGGUCAAAGGGAUUGAACCGAAUUGGGAAUUUGCUGGUUCCUAAUGAUAACUACUGCAAGUUUGAGGAUUGGAUCAUUCCCAUCUUUGACGAGAUGUUGAAGGAACAGAAAGAAGAGAAUGUGUUGUGGACUCCUUCUAAACUGUUAGCACGGCUGGGAAAAGAAAUCAACAAUGAGAGUUCAUACCUUUAUUGGGCAUACAAGAUGAAUAUUCCAGUAUUCUGCCCAGGGUUAACAGAUGGCUCUCUUGGGGAUAUGCUGUAUUUUCACUCUUUUCGUACCUCUGGCCUCAUCAUCGAUGUAGUACAAGAUAUCAGAGCUAUGAACGGCGAAGCUGUCCAUGCAAAUCCUAAAAAGACAGGGAUGAUAAUCCUUGGAGGGGGCUUGCCAAAGCACCACAUAUGUAAUGCCAAUAUGAUGCGCAAUGGUGCAGAUUACGCUGUAUUUAUAAACACCGGGCAAGAAUUUGAUGGGAGCGACUCGGGUGCACGCCCUGAUGAAGCCGUGUCUUGGGGUAAAAUUAGGGGUUCUGCUAAAACCGUUAAGGUAUACUGUGAUGCUACCAUAGCCUUCCCAUUGUUGGUUGCAGAAACAUUUGCCACAAAGAGAGACCAAACCUGUGAGUCUAAGACUUAAGAACUGACUGGUCGUUUUGGCCAUGGAUUCUUAAAGAUCGUUGCUUUUUGAUUUUACACUGGAGUGACCAUAUAACACUCCACAUUGAUGUGGCUGUGACGCGAAUUGUCUUCUUGCGAAUUGUACUUUAGUUUCUCUCAACCUAAAAUGAUUUGCAGAUUGUGUUUUCGUUUAAAACACAAGAGUCUUGUAGUCAAUAAUCCUUUGCCUUAUAAAAUUAUUCAGUUCC